GAGGGACGGGGGACCCCGGGGGAGACCAGCAGGGAUGAAGGGGACCCCGGGAGGGACCAGCCGGGACCUUGAGGUGACCCCGGGAAGGACUAGAGGAACUGGGGGACCCCGAGAGGGACCAGCUGGGAUGAAGGGGACCCCGGGAAGGACUAGAGGGACGGGGGAUCCCGGGAGGGAUGAGCCGGGCUGGGAGAACCUUGGGCCUGAGCGGCCGGAGGGGGACCCCGGCUGGGGGGCGGGGAAGGGGGCACAGAGGAGCUGCCUGGUGGUGGUCCCGAGCGGGGGUCGAAGGCUGAUGGCUGCUGCCAGGGAGAUCCCCCAGAAUGGCCAAAAGAAUUGCAGAGAAAGAAUUGACAGACCGGAACUGGGAUCAGGAAGAUGAAGCGGAAGAGGUGGGGACCUUCUCCGUGGCCAGCGAGGAGGUCUUGAAGAACAGAGCCAUCAAGAAAGCGAAGCGGAGGAACACCGGGCUUGAGUCUGACGGCGGCGGGGCCUUCAAAGGCUUCAAAGGCCUGGUGGCCCCUUCUGGAGGAGGCGGCUUCUCUGGCUUCGGCGCGGCCAUGAAGCCCUUGGAAGGACUCUCGAAUGGGACCAGCGCGACCAGCUCCCCUCCCCUCUGCAGCACCCCCAAGGCCGCCUCAGCGCCCUCAGGAUCUGCUGCUGUGAACGGCCCGGCCUCGCAGGUGGACACGAAGAGCCCCAGCCCCAGGGCGAAUGGGGGCGGCCAGCAGCCCCCCGCGGGCCACGGGAGCCCCUACCACAAGCAGCUGGCCGCCCUGAACUGCUGCGUGCGCGACUGGAUCGUGAAGCACGUGGACUCGAACCCCCUGUGCGACCUGACCCCCAUCUUCAGGGACUACGGGGAGCACCUGGCCAGCAUCGAGCGGCGCCACGGCAGCGGGGCCGGGAGCCAGGCCGGGGACGAGGCCGCCUCGGAGGCCGGGGGGGCAGAGGCGCCCCCGGGCCUGGGCGCCCCCAAGUCGCAGCCCGUGUCCACCUUCUCGUUCCACGGCAGCGCCGCGGAGGACGCCGCGGAGAAGGCAGAGGCGCCGCCCGAGAAGAAGGGGGAGCCUGCGGCCGCCCCCACCGCCUCCUUCCAGUUCGGCCAGAAGCUCGACGGCUCCGUCCUGGGCGCGCUGAGCCCCGCCCCCCUGGCCGGGUUCUCCUUCUCCUCCGGGAAUUCGGGCCUGUUCGGCAAAGACGCCCCCUCCGGUAAAGCGGUGGCGGCGGCGCCCUUGCCCGCGAAGGCGUCGGAGGGCCCCGCGGAGGGCAGCGACGGCAAAGGCGCAGAGGACGAGGACAGCGAUGAGCCGCCCAAGGUCACCGUGACGGAGGUCAAGGAAGAAGACGCUUUUUACUCCAAGAAGUGCAAACUAUUUUACAAGAAGGACAACGAGUUCAGGGAGAAGGGCGUGGGCACCCUGCACCUGAAGCCCGCGGCGAACCAGAAGACACAGCUGCUGGUGCGGGCGGACACCAACCUCGGCAACAUCCUGCUGAACGUGCUCAUCCCGCCCAACAUGCCGUGCACGCGCACCGGCCGCAACAACGUGCUCAUCGUGUGCGUCCCCAACCCGCCACUGGACGAGAAGAACCCCAGCGCGCCCGCCACCCUGCUGGUGCGCGUGAAGACGGGCGAGGACGCCGACGAGCUGCACGCGGUGCUGCUGGAUAAGCGCGGUUCCUAGGCGGCCGCCGGCCCAGGCGCUGUGGGUAGCCCAGAGCUCUGUGCGGAAGAUGAGUUUGGCCAAUAAACCUUUCCUGUUGAGUGUCGGGAGCCUGUGCGCUGCCUUCUUGGGAGCUCUCUAGCGCGUCCUCAGAAGACUUUGGACGUUCCUUUCUUAAGCUGACCGCAAGUGAUCUCUUACUGGACCGAAUCAGGGUAUAAUGAGGGUCCCCAAAGGCCGCCCGCCCCCGGGCCGUGGGACCUGCUGCCUUCUGGGACCCGGACCACGCCAGACUGGAAGGAAGCGUGCCAGAACGUGCCAGAAGAAGGUGCUGGAAUGUACCGGAACGUGUGCGGGCUCCUCGCCUCCUCCUCUGGGCCUCUUCACGCCUCUUCCAACUCUUCCUUCGCUUUCCUCCGCUGCUUUAAGGCUGAGACGUGAGUGGCGGCGGCUGGUCUAGACUGGCUUCCUCCCGCCCCGUGGGGACGAGCGCUUGGUUCCCAGAGGAAGGACGUGUCUCAUUCUUGGGUCUCGUUGCCGCGUCCAGGAGCCGCUUCUGACGGCCUGGGAGGCGGCUCGUGGUCCGUAGGCCGGGGACCAGCUCGCAGUUCCAGAAAGACGCCGCAGCCCCGUCCCGCCGCAGGAGCAGCCCUGGGCCCCGCGUCCCUCCGUGCAGGAGCCCGAGCUGCUCCUCCCUGUGAGCCAUGAGACUUUGCAGAAAUGCAAUAAGGUCACGAGACGCUCCUGUGCCUCGCCGCUGCCUUUGAUCCUGUUUCCGUUGGCUGGGGCGAGCACUGAGCGACGGGCCCUUCCCCAGGGUCGUCAUCCUGGUUCUUCUGUCCCCUCGUGUUCUUCAGACACCGGCCACGUUCUAACUGAAUUCAUGUUUGUUUUGGCUGCCUUCCCGAACAGUGUUUGGAGUCACCUCGUCUGUGCUGGGGGGCCGUGCCGUGCCGGGGUCACACCUGGGCUCCCACCCGCAGCCCUGUGCUGCAGCCCUCUGAGCCGCCCCCAGCGCCCCUUCCCCAUCCGCCUGCCACCCCGGGGCAGUGCCCGGGCGCUCCCGGCUGUGUUCUGGUGUUCAGAGCGUCUCGCCCCCUCCGGGAAGGCUGCUUAGGCCAUUGCAGAGAGCAGAGUCGCUUUUUUCAAAACACACUUGUUUUUAAGUGAAACGGGUGGGGGUGGGGCGGUGUCACUGUCACAUCUUCAUUCUCCAGUACUUGGGCACAGCCCGGCCCAUGCUCAGCUGGGCUUCCCGCUGCUCUCAGCGCAGGGCUGGGCGGGCGGGUGCCCGGGGCCCCCAGCAGACGGGGGUGGACAGUGCCCACAGCCAUGCUUUGCCGGGGGGUGGGGGGCAGGGGUUGGUCGGUCCUGGGCGUGGCCGGCGGGAGGGGCUGGCGCAGAGGCCCAUGUGUAUGUGUGGCUUUUACUGGGGGGGCCCUCUGGGGCCACAAAGGGCUUAACUUCCUCCACUGUGUUAACAGCUUUAUUCUGCUCCGGGGACUUAGAUUUAUUUUUAACAAAAGAUUAGAAAUUUUAAUAUAUUCAGUGUGGACCGAAAUGCACAUUGUGAGCUUGAGGACCCGCCUGGCGCGCAGCGCGGCCUUCCCAGAGGCCCGUCUCCGCCCAGGCCGGGUCGCCCUUGUCCCUCUGAGCAUUCCCAGGAAGGCAAGCCUUGCCGCCAGGACGAGACACCAGGGCUGGCCGCGUGUGUCUGGCCCGCGUCCCUGCUCCUUCCCCCAAGGGCAAGGCUGACCAUUGAUGCUUCUCUCUCAAGGGUGACUGGUUUACAAAUGCGAUUUUAAAUCCUAUUUUUGAUAUGCUGCAUGCCAAAAACGCCUGCGCGCUCUGGCCAGGACCACGGGCUGCUGGUCGGCGGCCAGUCGGACCAGCCGGCCCCGCUGGGCGAAGGGUCAGUGCAUGGCCUGGCACCCUUGGGGCGCCCCCGACACCCCCAGCUGAGUCUUCGUCCUGGGCCACCAGCGAGACUGUUCCCGAGAAACUGGACAGUCUGCUAGGACCCGGGGGGUGCUGUGAAGCCCCCCCGAGUUCUGGCCUGUCCCUGCUGGGCAGGACCGAGCACCCUGUGUGGGGGGCGAAGCGGUGACAGGGAAUGACACCAGUUUUAGCAGCCAAAUGGUAAAUUGUUUGCUUUCUAUUUCCAAUCAGAAAUGUUUCCUAAAGCAGAAAUACUUGAACCGUCAGGCCGAGCACUCACAACAGCUUGUGUUCAUGCCAUGCCCCGCGGCGGGUGUGUAUAACCCACGAAAUGUGAAUAAAUGGAAAGUGAACUGCG